GUCCCCUUCCCCUGCCGUCCCCGCCCGAUGAGGCGCCGCCGCUGAGCCCCCCGCCCGUCCCGGCUGAGCGUAGGAUGAGCCCGCGGCAGGCGGAGGGCGAGAGGCCGCCCCGCUCCCUCGGGGGGAUCUAGCGCGGCCGCGGAGGCGGGGGGACACGGAGCGACGCCGCCCCCCGGCACCUCGUCCUUCAUGGUGGCUCCCUGCGCCCGACGCCUCCCAGCAGAAGCGCGGCCCGGCCCGGCCCGGGGGUGGUGUGCGAGUGCGUGUGCGCGCCGCGGGCAGCGCUGGUGCCCGAGCGAGGGAAAAUGUCCACUCGGACUCCAUUGCCCACGGUGAACGAGCGCGACACCGAGAACCACACGUCCCAUGGAGAUGGACGGCAGGAAGUUUCCUCUCGCACUGGGCGCUCCGGAGCUCGUUGCAGGAAUUCUAUAGCUUCCUGUGCAGAUGAGCAACCACAUAUUGGAAAUUACAGACUCCUCAAAACAAUUGGAAAGGGGAAUUUUGCAAAAGUAAAGCUGGCAAGACACAUCCUUACAGGCAGAGAGGUUGCCAUAAAAAUAAUUGACAAAACGCAGCUGAAUCCAACUAGUCUACAAAAGCUCUUUAGAGAAGUAAGAAUAAUGAAGAUCUUAAAUCAUCCGAAUAUAGUGAAGUUAUUUGAAGUCAUUGAAACUGAAAAAACUCUCUAUCUAAUAAUGGAAUAUGCAAGUGGUGGGGAGGUGUUUGACUAUCUGGUUGCGCAUGGAAGAAUGAAGGAAAAGGAAGCAAGAGCUAAAUUUAGACAGAUAGUAUCUGCAGUGCAGUACUGCCAUCAAAAGCAUAUUGUUCAUAGAGAUCUCAAGGCUGAAAAUCUAUUGCUAGAUGCAGAUAUGAACAUUAAAAUAGCUGACUUUGGUUUCAGCAAUGAGUUUACAGUUGGAAAUAAACUGGACACCUUUUGUGGCAGCCCACCGUAUGCUGCUCCAGAACUUUUUCAAGGGAAAAAAUAUGAUGGACCUGAAGUAGAUGUUUGGAGUUUAGGUGUUAUUCUUUAUACCCUUGUGAGUGGAUCUCUUCCUUUUGAUGGACAGAACUUAAAGGAACUUAGAGAAAGAGUACUAAGGGGAAAAUACAGGAUUCCUUUCUACAUGUCCACAGACUGUGAAAACCUCCUCAAACGUUUCCUGGUGCUAAACCCAACAAAAAGAGGCACUCUAGAGCAAAUUAUGAAGGACAGGUGGAUCAAUGCAGGGCAUGAGGAGGAUGAACUUAAACCUUUUGUUGAACCAGAACUAGACAUCUCGGACCAGAAAAGAAUAGAUAUUAUGGUAGGAAUGGGUUAUUCUCAAGAAGAAAUUCAAGAAUCCCUUAGUAAAAUGAAGUAUGAUGAAAUCACGGCUACGUACUUAUUGCUAGGAAGGAAAUCAUCAGAGUUGGAUGCAAGUGAUUCAAGCUCCAGCAGCAAUCUUUCACUUGCUAAGGUUCGGCCAAGUAGUGAUCUUAAUAAUAGCACUGGACAAUCUCCUCAUCACAAAGUUCAGAGAAGCAUAUCUUCCAGCCAGAAACAGCGGCGCUACAGUGAUCAUGCUGGACCAUCCAUCCCCCCAGUAGUGGCAUAUCCCAAAAGAAGCCAAACUAGUACUACAGACAGUGACCUCAAAGAGGAAGGAAUUCCAUCAAGAAAAUCUAGCAGUAGUGCUGUUGCAGGAAGAGGAAUUGCACCAGCCAGUCCAAUGCUUGGAAAUGCCAGCAAUCCAAAUAAGGCUGAUAUUCCUGAACGUAAGAAAAGUUCGGCUGUCCCUAGUAAUAAUACUGCCCCUGGAGCAAUGACACGGCGCAACACAUAUGUUUGUAGUGAAAGAACCACUGCUGAUAGGCAUUCAGUGAUACAAAAUGGCAAGGAGAACAGCCUGACAGAAAUGUUCGCUUACGCAGCUAGCCCUGCUUCAGUUUGUACUACAUCCUUCUCCAGUGUUCGGCUGCGACAUCAGAAGUCGAUGUCCAUGUCAGCCUCUGUGCACACGAAGAUGAUGUUGCCUCCAAUAGACAAUGGCGCAGAUAACUUCAGGCCUAUCACUAUUCCCGAUCAAAGAACGCCUGUCGCUUCAACCCACAGCAUAAGCAGUGCAACCACACCUGACCGUAUUCGUUUCCCCAGAGGAACGGCCAGUCGGAGCACCUUCCACGGCCAGCUCCGCGAGCGACGUACCGCUACCUACAAUGGGCCCCCGGCCUCCCCCAGCCUGUCCCACGAGGCAACGCCGCUCUCUCAGACUCGAACCAGGGGUUCCACUAAUCUGUUCAGCAAACUAACUUCAAAACUCACAAGAAGAAACAUGUCAUUCAGGUUUAUCAAAAGGCUCCCGACUGAAUAUGAGAGGAACGGGAGAUUUGAGGGCUCAAGCCGCAAUGUAGCCGUGGAUCAGAAGGACGAAAACAAGGAAGCCAAGCCUCGCUCGCUGCGUUUUACAUGGAGCAUGAAAACCACCAGCUCCAUGGAUCCCAAUGACAUGAUGAGGGAAAUCCGGAAGGUCCUGGACGCCAAUAAUUGUGACUAUGAACAAAGAGAGCGUUUCUUGCUUUUCUGCGUCCACGGAGAUGGGCACGCGGAAAACCUUGUACAGUGGGAAAUGGAGGUGUGUAAACUGCCAAGACUGUCCCUGAACGGAGUUCGCUUUAAGCGGAUAUCGGGAACAUCCAUAGCUUUUAAAAACAUUGCUUCCAAAAUUGCCAAUGAGUUAAAGCUGUAACAAGAAAAAAUAGUUAAGUUGUAAAUUAGUUAGCAAUUUAAAGUGUUUUGAGAAUUCCAAUGGAAAUGUAUAGAAUAACAUUUAGGCAAUAACUUCUGCAUCCUUCUGAAUAGUGAUAUUAAAGAAAAAAAGCUGCUGAGCUGGGAGGGAGAGUUGGACUUUUUUAUAAGUGCACUACAGCAUUAAAGUUGCCUACUAUGUAAAAUAUUACCCCUUCUGCUUUAUUUCCAUUGCUCCUAAGUCUUUGACAACAAAUUGAAACACAGAAUAUAUUCAUUUAAAUAUGCCUCCUGUUUGUGUGGACGUGUGAAUGUACAGUAUGUGUGUAUAAUAUAUAAAGUAUUAUAUGUAAACAAUUCAUUUACCACAUGGAGCUGUACCAGUACCUCUUUUUGGGCUAAUUUUGGUGCUAAAAAUUGAAAUGGCCAAGGAGGAAACACUUGAGUUAAUAUUUAAAAUAACUGAAGAGAUAACCAGUAAACGCAGGUUUACAAUUCACUGCUGUGUUAAGGACAAAAGUGUGUGAAGGGUUUGGAUUUACAGUUGUGAACAUUAUUAGUCCUGUUUUCUAAGUAGAGCUCAUGAAAUUAUUAAAAAUUCACUUUUACCGAGCAAGUCUUGCAUUAUAUUUUGCCCACCUAUUUAUUAUUUAAGUCUGAAUCAAAUUUUAAAAAUGUAGUUGAUUUGUGCAUUAAAACUUGGGUAAAUGCUUCCAUUCUUCUGCUUCUGCUAAACUACUAAAGUUGUAUCUUUAUCCUUCUGGCUUACGAGUUUUGAUUGCAGCUAAGAACACUUUUCCGUUGCUCCGCGGUCCCUCUGCAGAACAGUGCGGUGUGCUGAGCGUAACCAGUGGCUUCUCUUUCAGACCGAGUUCUGCACGUUAGACUAAGGUCAGACUGAUAGCAGCACAAAAGGACUCUCCAAUAGCAGCCACGUUCUGAUGCAAAUCCCCGUGCCUGAGUCGGUGCUGCUCUGAAGUAUUGCUGCGGGCACGGCAGUGCUUUCCUUUGCUUUCUGAGUGCGCACACUAUUGAAACCCAAAAGCGGGAGUCAAAUUUGGCUACUGAUGUCCCCUGCUGUAACAUCCACCUUGCUUAACUACAGCCAUAGGCAGUGGCAGCUAAAACUUUCCUUGCAGCUCUCUUCCAGCGUGCUCCCGCUUGGCUCUGGGUGCGUUGCUUUUGAUGGCUUUAUGCCAGCUGUGUCUCUAGGUUCUGCUGAGGAGGGAGUCCGCUGUUGCUCUUGCGCUGUGCGGCGUGGAACUUGCCCCGAUGGACUCUGAUGGCCAGCUAGCUUUCUGGAGGACACUUAGCUGCUGUCGGAUGGUCCCCGCUUCUUAUCCACCUGUGGUGAGCUGGAUUUGGGCUGGCAGACUAGAACCAAGAGAUUUCUUCAAGCGUUGUUUCCUGCUGAUACCAGUUCAUUUCGUCAAGGACUUCUGUAGAUGAUACCCUGCGUUAUCUACUUGACUUUUUGUAUUAAUGUUUUAUGGUUAUAUUUCAGUGAAGCACUUAAGCAUGUACUUCACGCGUGCUUUAAACUGGAGCCUAAAUUUGCAUUUUAAAUUUGCAGUGAGCUAAUAGCUAUUCAUAGUACGCAGUUCAGGUUUGACACGAGGUGAAAAUGCAAAAUCCUUGGUAUUUUGCAAGUUAGUUCUUGUGACCUGCAGUCUGUGAAGGCAGCAGACUUCCCCUCUCUUUCCCUAAGCAUUGAUAUUGACUAUGCUAGUUUAAAGGAUGAUCGUAGUUGUUAAAUGUAGUAAAUAUUCCUGGAUUUGCAUUUUAUUCUCUGUAUAUUCUGUGUCAUGCCAUGGCUUUGGAACUCCAGGUGUUCCGUCGGAGUUCAGUUGGCUUGCAGUGCUCUGCCCGUGCCUGUGCUGCUCAGUAUGGUUUUUUCCACAAAAACUCCAUUUUGUAAUAGCAAUAAAACAUUUCAGGGCAGUCAUUGUACUUUCUCAGGUGAAGAGUCACCUAUCCUUUCACUUCCUGCACUUCAAGCACUCCUCCAAAUGUAUUUUUUUCACCUGGCAGUGCACUUUGUUGUCUGAACUGAAAAAGUGUUCUGAUAAAUUAUGUAAAUCUGUAUUCGAUGGAAGUUCCAAAAGAUUUCAUAUUAAAUGUUUUCUGAAAUACUCUGUUCCUA